UAAAAUUAAUAAAUCUCACGUUACUUAUAUUGACUUAUAUGCGUAAUCUAUAAAAUUUUCGUGCCAAUUUCAUAUUUCAUUUAACAGUUUAAUAUUUGCAACAAGUGUCAACAAUAAAUAUAGUAUUUAAAUAAAAAUGAAAUUCAGAUGCAGAAUGGUGGAUCCAAACAUUAUGCGAGAUUUUACAAGCAUUGUCAACACCAUAUCCCGAAUAACGAAAUAUUGUGUUCUGAGAUUGACACCAGACGAGUUAUGCUUCAAUAUCGGCGACGAACGAAUACCUGUACUUUGGGCUGUACUUUCUCAGCAAUAUCUUUUCACAGAAUAUAUUAUGAGUGGAGUGUCAGAGGAAGAAAAUGAAAUUUACUUAGAAUUUGAUGUUUCCAUGUUUGCCAGAAGUUUAAAUAGUUUAAGGAUAAUGGCAAAAAGUGUCAAAAUUAAAUUGACAAACAAACGGCAACCUUGUCUCACAUUUGAUAUUGACUUAUCUUCCAUGGCUAUUGACUCACGACAGUGUAUACAUGAUGUACCAGUGAGGCUUAUACCACGCAGAGAAUGGAUAGAACAUAAAAUGCCAGAUGUUCCUGAAUUUGAUAUAUCGAUAGAAAUACCACACUUGAAGUAUUUGCGGUGUAUUAUAGAUAGAAUGAAAAAUAUGAGUUCACAACUAAUAAUAACUGCUAAUAAAAAUGGUACAAUGAUAUUAAAAAUUGAAGUGGACUAUGCUACUGUGUCCACUCACUUUAAAGGAUUGCAAGUUUGGAAAAGCAAAGAAGAACAGGAAUCUAAUGAUAUCUCUGCAACUGUGAACAUAAAGAAACUUGCAAUGUUUCUUGGUUGGGACAUUCUCCAUCCAGAUAGUGUUAAGUGUAACAUAUUGCAGGAGAAGAUGAUAAAACUGACUUUAGAUGUAGGAGAAUAUGUUAAAAUUCAUUAUUUUAUACCAGCCAUUGCUUCCUGAGUAAUAAAAAGAAAUUUGUAUUAA